AUGGCUAUGCAGAGUAGACGGGAUGAAGAUUCCUUAGAUGAACUAAGUUCUCCUGAAGAAAACAUUAAGAAACUGCUUACCCAGCCAGCGAGUGUCUCCUCUGCUGCUAAGACUUCUCAGCCAGCGAAAGACUUGCCUGAAGUUUUGAGUUUGAUGAAACAACUUAGUCAUCAAUAUGACGAAUUAGCCGCUUACUUGAAGUCCUUAAGCACACGAUCAGAUGAAUCCACUGAUAAUUUACCGGUUGAUUUACUAUCUUCGUUUGUGCAAUCUUCACGUAUUUCUCCAUCACUAGUCAAAAUCAUCAGUACAGUAGCUGAUGAGAAUAAGAGUCUACGAGCUGAAGCGGAUGAACUAAGAAAGCGAGAAGAGAAACUAGCAGCCAAACUACAAGAUAUAUCGAGUAACACUAAAACCAAAAAGCACGAACUUAAGUACUUACAACAAACAACUGAAGAUCUUACCAACGAAUUACGCCAGCAAAGAGAAGAAGCCGCCACUAUUCGCCGGCGGCUAUUAGAAACAGAAGCAGCUCUGGCCUCCCAAAAGAAAAUCACUAAGCAACUACUUGAAACCUCAGCUGAACAAACAGCCGCCGAAACCCACGAAGCCGAGAAGGCCCUAUUAAAACGACUGGCCGAAGAAAAGGCAGCCGAAGCAGAUGAUGCUUCUCGCCGUGCAGAAGAGGCACAAUAUGCCCUCCAGAGCUUAAGAAGAGAUUUAGAGAUAGCCAAAAUUCAAAACACACGUUUAAAAACUCGAGCUGAUCUACGUGAAUCAGCUCUAUCGGCCUGCAACCAAGAAAUGGAGCGACUGAUGAAACAACUAGAGAGACUAGCUCGUACCGAAACACAACACAAAGAAAGACUAGCCCAUGCCAAUAUUCUGCAAAAACGCCGCGAAAUCCAAAAACCCCGCCCCGAUUUUGAUCUUUCCCCUACCCCCGAUCCCGAAUCUUUUGGCCUAGAAUCAGAAUCAUCUACCGCCACCAGUUUCCAGGAAAUGCAAAAGAAGACCGAAGAAAUGACCAAGAAGUUCCAAGAACUAGAGGAACUUCUUGAGGACAUUAAAAAGGGUAAUGACUCCGACAUGCAUAAAGUCGGCGACCGAGUCAGGAGGGCAUCCGAGCUCCGCAAAUAA